AUGGCUACGCGGGUGCUGAGCCUGAGCGCCCGCCUGGGAGCCGUACCCCAGCCGCCGGCCGCCCAGGACGAGCCGGUGUUCGCGCAGCUCAAGCCCGUGCUGGGCGCCGCCGCGAACCCGGCCCGCGACGCGGCGCUCUUCCCGGGAGAGGAGCUGAAGCACGCGCAUCACCACCCGCAGGCGCAGCCCGCGCCGCCGCCGCCGCCGCCGCCGCCCUCCGCGGGCCCGCGGCUGCCCGCCGACGAGCUGGUCCAGACGAGAUGUGAAAUGGAGAAAUAUCUGACGCCUCAGCUGCCUCCAGUCCCGAUAACCCCAGAGCACAAAAAGUACAGACGAGACAGUGCCUCAGUUGUCGACCAGUUCUUCACCGACAGCGAAGGCUUACCUUACAGCAUCAACAUGAACGUCUUCCUCCCUGACAUCACUCACCUGAGAACUGGCCUCUACAAAUCCCAGAGACCGUGCGUAACCCAGAUCAAGACAGAACCUGUCACCAUCUUCAGCCACCAGAGUGAGACGACUGCUCCUCCUCCAGCCCCAACCCAGGCCCUCCCUGAGUUCACCAGUAUAUUCAGCUCCCACCAGACCACAGCUCCAGAGGUGAACAAUAUUUUCAUCAAACAAGAACUUCCUACUCCAGAUCUUCAUCUCUCUGUCCCUUCCCAGCAGGGCCACCUAUACCAGCUUCUGAAUGCCCCGGAUCUAGACAUGCCCACUUCUACAAACCAGACAGCAGUAAUGGACACCCUUAAUGUCUCCAUGUCGGCCGCCAUGGCAGGCCUUAACACACACACCUCCGCCGUUCCGCAGACUACCAUGAAACAGUUCCAGGGCAUGUCCCCUUGCACAUACGCCAUGCCAAGCCAGUUUCUUCCGCAGCAGGCCACUUACUUUCCCCCGUCACCACCCAGCUCAGAGCCUGGAAGUCCCGAUAGACAAGCAGAGAUGCUUCAGAAUUUGACCCCACCUCCAUCCUAUGCUGCUACCAUUGCUUCUAAACUGGCAAUUCACACCCCAAAUUUACCUGCCACUCUGCCAGUUAGUACGCCAAGCAUCCAACCUGUCAGAUACAAUAGAAGAAGUAACCCGGACCUGGAAAAGAGACGGAUCCACUACUGCGAUUAUCCUGGUUGCACAAAAGUUUAUACAAAGUCUUCUCAUUUAAAAGCUCACCUGAGGACUCAUACCGGCGAGAAGCCGUACAAGUGCACCUGGGAGGGCUGCGACUGGAGGUUCGCGCGCUCCGACGAGCUGACCCGCCACUACCGCAAGCACACGGGCGCCAAGCCCUUCCAGUGCGGCGUGUGCAACCGCAGCUUCUCGCGCUCCGACCACCUGGCCCUGCACAUGAAGCGCCACCAGAACUGAGCGCCCCGGCCCCGCCGACCUGACCGCCCCCCCCCCCCCACGCACCCCGCGCACCGAAGAACUGGAAAUGUAUAUUUUGUAUAUGUGAGACCACAGGGAAUACAUUGUAUCAAUACCAAAGUGUUGGGUCCCUUUCCGAAGCUGCUCCCUCGCGACAGGCAGCCGCGUCUCAGCUCAGAACGGCGGCGGGGCCCGGGGGGGGCGCGCGCCGGGCUGCCUUCUCCCAGUCUGCACGCGCGCCGUGCACCUGCUUGGUGAUAGUGGCUAGGAAACCCAGCAGCUGGCAGGCACCCGAGGGCAUGGAUUGUCAGGAGUUUACUUGACGCGGACUAGUUUUUCUCAAUAUAGAUAAUUCCUUAGCCGUACUCAGUGUACCUGACAAUUCACAGAUAGCCAUUGAACAAAUGUGUUUUUGUUUUGUUUUGUUUUGUUUUUAUAUAUAUGAGUUGCCUAUAUUUGCUACUCAAAUUUUGUAAAUAUGCAAAUCAGCUUUAUAGGUUUAUUACAAGUUUUUUAAAGAUUCUUUUGGGAAAAUCAUACUUCUUUUGAAAAUAACAAUACAUUUACAGUUAGAAUUUGUGGUAAGAUACCUCUCAAAAACAUUACCAAUUUCAUUUCUUUGGGGCGGGGAGGGAAGAAAUAAUCAUUCAAAUAAACUUUAAAAGCAAAUUUCAUGCACUGAUUGAAAUAGGAUUGUUUAUUUUAAAUAUGAAAGAUAUUUUAUAUGAAUUUAAACUGAAGAGCUUAAUAAAGAUAGUUACAAUAUAAAAAAGUUAAACCUUUUACAAUAAGCUAAACAGUAUCAUUUUUCAAAAAGAAGGACCUGUGUAGGUUUCACAUAUGUCUACAUUGAACCUAGGAUACAGUUUUCAUGUAUGGAAACGUUGAACUUAUGAUGCAGUUUUCAUAUACUGAGAUGUUUGCUUGUGCAGUACUGUUGGUUAAAUGACAAUUUAUGUGGAUUUUGCAUGUAAUAUACAGUGAGACACAGUAAUUUUAUCUAAAUUACAGUGCAGUAUAGUUAACCUGUUGUUAAUACUGACUCAGUGUCUGCCUUUAAUAUCCAUGAUAUGUUGAAAACGUAAGGAAACAAGUGCUACAUAUAUGCAAUAUCAAAAAGUAAUGUGAUGCUGACGCUGUUAACCAAAGGGCAGAAUCAAGCAAAAUGCCAAAAGCGGUCUUAAUUGAAAUGAAAAUUUAAUUUUGUUUUAAAAAUAUUGUUUAUCAUUAUUUAUUUUGUGGUAAUAUAGUAAGUUUUUUUAGAAAACAAUUUUCAUAACUUGAUAAAUUAUAGUUUUGUUUGUUAGUUGCUCUUAAAACAUGUAAAUAGAUGACAAGUGGUGUAAAUAAUUUUGUAAGAGGCUUCAAGAUGUUUAUACGUGGACACAUGCCUACAUAAAAAGCAUAAAUCGGUUGCUGUUUUGCUUCUUUUCCCUUCUUAUUUUUGUAUUGUGGUCAUUUCCUAUGCAAAUAUCGGAGCAAACAGCUGUAUAGUUGUAGAAUUUUUUGAGAGAAUGAGAUGUUUAUAUAUUAACGACAAUUUUUUUUGGAAAAUAAAAAGUGCCUAAAAGAGU